CUCCCAUCUAACACUUUUUUUUGCGAAGAAGCUCCCUUUUCCCUUGGUCAGGGCCCUCAUUCUGCGACACAUCCCAAAGUCAUGGCUGCCAUCCGUACCGACCUACCCGGCCCCAUUGGGGACAAGAAGCUGGAGAAGAAGCCCAUCAAGUUCUCCAACUUGCUGCUGGGCGCCGGCCUCAACAUGUUCGAGGUGACCACACUGGGUCAGCCUCUCGAGGUCGUCAAGACUACCAUGGCUGCCAACCGAGGUGACGGCAUGGCCAAGGCUUUGGGACGCGUCUGGUCCCGCGGUGGUCCUCUGGGCUUCUACCAAGGUCUUAUCCCCUGGGCCUGGAUCGAAGCUUCCACCAAGGGCGCCGUCCUUCUCUUCGUCGCCUCCGAGGCCGAGUACUACGCCCGCGUCGCUGGCGCCUCCGAGUUUGGCGGUGGCAUCCUCGGUGGUAUCACCGGUGGUGUUGCUCAGGCCUAUGCCACCAUGGGUUUCUGCACCUGCAUGAAGACGGUCGAGAUCACCAAGCACAAGAUCGCCGCCUCCGGUGUCAAGCCCCCAUCCACCUGGCAAACCUUUGGCGACAUCUACCGCAAGGAGGGUAUCCGUGGUAUCAACAAGGGUGUCAAUGCCGUCGCUAUCCGCCAGAUGACCAACUGGGGUAGCCGCUUCGGUCUGAGCCGUCUCGCCGAGGGCUGGAUCCGCUCCGCCACUGGUAAGAAGGAGGGUGAGAAGCUCGCUGCUGGUGAAAAGAUCAUUGCCAGCGCCCUCGGUGGUGGUCUCAGCGCUUGGAACCAGCCCAUCGAGGUCAUCCGCGUUGAGAUGCAGAGCAAGAAGGAGGACCCCAACCGUCCCAAGAAGAUGACGGUUGGCAACACUUUCAAGUACAUCUACGAGAGCAACGGUGUCCGCGGUCUGUACCGUGGUAUCACCCCCCGUAUCUCUCUGGGUAUCUGGCAGACGGUCUGCAUGGUUGCGUUUGGUGACAUGGCCAAGGCUUAUGUCGAGAAGCUGACCGGCGAUGCGGUGACUGCUAAGCAUUAGAAGGCGUUAGGGGAGCGUUAUAACAUGGCUCAAAGGGGGUUUAUAUAUGGGUCGUCAGUUCUAUAUGGUUUUGGAUUUGGGUUCAUGUAACGAGUGAUGCGGGUCGGUCAUGUCCUGUAUCAAGGAGACGCGCGUAUGCUGUAUGCUUUUACUGUGUGGUCUCUAGCUGUAGACGAGCUCUCAGCCCUAUGGGUUGGUCAAAAUAGACGGAAAACAUGUGCGC